UGAGCCUGUGAAGGUGAUGAGUGGGGUUGCUUUGCCUCUGCGGACUUUGCGGACAGAUGCCACAGCGCCAAUCUGCCGUGACCCUGUACACCAGCACGAAAGAGCAAUUUCCCAACCACGUUAAAAAGGGCUAAUGCAAAGUCAGACCUCUUUCUCUUUCAGCUGCUGUAGCCCAGACGGGAGACAUCACUCUGCAAGGACUAUCUGUUGGACAGGGACCUGGCGACCCGCUUGGCGAUGGGAAGCCUGGACAACCUUGGCUUGGUGACUCUCGCCCUUAGGCACAACCUGACCAUAGUCGGGAAGCUCUGGAUUGCAGUAAUCGUGUUUCUGCGUCUACUAGUUGUACUUGGCAUUGGCUACCCCUUGUACCAGGACGAGCAGACUAAGUUUACCUGUGACUCCAUGCAGCCAGGCUGCUCCAACGUGUGCUACGAUGCCUUCUCUCCCAUAUCCCACUGCAGGUUUUGGUUUGUCCAGGCUGUGGUACUGUGUUUGCCUCUGGUGAUCUUCAUAACGUACGUCACUCACCGGCUGCCCCCGCAGAAUGUUGGAUGCCCUUGCCAGCUUCCUCAUAACCCGGCAGAGCCUCCGCUCUUCAGAAAAGUGCCAUCGGCAAGAGCGCCUUCAAUGCUCAAGGUUGGCGAGACAAACCCCGACUUAGAGGAGUUCUGUGGUGAAAUCCUGGCGGUAAACGAAGACCUCAUCACAGGGCGAAGAGUUCACAACUUUUGUGAGGCGUAUGUGCUUCAGUUACUUCUGAGAGCUUUACUGGAGGCUGGAUUUGGGGCCGGACAAUAUUAUUUGUUUGGGUUUAUGGUCCCCAAGAAGUUUGUUUGUUCCAGGUACCCGUGCGCCAAUAUCGUGACAUGUUACCCAUCCAGACCCACUGAAAAAACUCUCCUGGCCAACUUUAUGUUUGGGGUUACUGCCCUCUCGUUUUUGCUGAACUUUGCAGAUCUGAUUCAUGUCAUUAAGCAGGCAGUGAAACAGGGCAAGAGGAGGAAGAUGCUGGUGAGGAACUUUUACCAAGAUGAGCCCUACCCUGACAUGCCAAGUGACCCCCAUGUGCUGCCCGAACACAAAGCGCUGCAAGAUUACGGUUUGCAGGCUAGGCAAAGGCGUGAGAGUGGCGGGAGCGCUGGCGGUGGGUCGGUCUCCAAACCAGGGCAGGAGAGAGCAGCCUUGAAGCAACCGGGGGAGGGGGUUUUGGACCACAUGGCCCUCUCCAACACCAACAGCAACAAUGCGCACCUCAACGUGCUUGCAUCCCAUCAGGCCCUUGCGGGCAGAAUGGCCGGCGAGUGCGGCGGGAAGUGUGCGGGCGACCAGGGACUUGCUGCCCGUUCUUCAGCCGAGAGGUGCGGAGAGGAGGUGCCGGAUCAGCAGGGCUCCAGGUUACGCCAGCACGCAUUGCAGUCCAAGUCCAGCGGGUCUCCGGCGAGCAGCGACAGUCGCCAGAUGAUAGAGGAGUACAGGCUCGUCCAUAUGCGGAUUACAGACAAUGUGGAGAGCAGGAAAAAGAAAUCUGAGUGGGUUUAAAGGGCAGAGGUCAACAUGAACAACUAACCUUUGCUGAAAAUGCUUUUUUUAAACAGCGGUGUGCGGUGACAAUAGUUAGGGAUUUGCUUGCUGUAAAUGGGAUGGAAGGGCACUGUCCCAGUAGGACAGCAGAUGGUGCUGUAUGUGUAGUAAUGGCAAGUUAAACAGGGCCAUAGCAGGCUGUCAGCGUGCAAGUGUCCAGUGAAUGACCCGAUGGUUAUCUGCUUGAGUUUGUUCUCAUGCAAUGGAACUGAAGGGAUUGCCUUAAAGUGCUUUUGAACACCAGAUGUCUUGUAAGUAAAUCUGGUUGUCUCAAAUUUUAGCAUCAAAUUCCAGUGGGAAAUAACACUGUGUGCUUUACCAGUGCAACUUUGACAGCCCCAGGACAUCCUGUUGUGCUUCAUAGUGAUUAAUGCAGCCGCUGAAUUGUAAUUACUGUUCUAAUGUAGGAAAUGCAGUAAACUCCCACAAGCGAAAAUUGAAUCAUAAGUUCAUGUGUUAUACAGUAGGAGCAGAAUUAGGCCAUUUGAUUCAUCUUCUACUCUGCCAUCCAAUCAUUGCUAAUCUAUCUCUCCCUCCUAACCCCAUUCUCCUGCCUUCUCCCCGUAACCUCCGACACCCUUAGUGAUCAAGAAUCUAUCAAUCUCCACCUUAAAAAUAUCCACUGACUUGGCCUCCACAGCCUUUCGUGGCAAAGAAUUCCACAGAUUCACCACCCUCUUUCUCACUAACAAAAUUCCUCCUCAUGACCUUUUUAAAGGAACAUCCUUUUAUUCGGAGGCUGCAGCCUCUGGUCCUAGACUCUCCCACUAGUGGAAACAUCCUCUCCACAUCCACUCUAUCCAUGCCUUUACUAUUCAUUGUUUCAAUAAGCCCCCCCCCACCCUCAUCCAUCUCAACUCCAGCGAGUACAGGUCCAAUACUGUCAACUGCUCACCAUAUGUUAACUCAAUCAUUCCUGGGAUCAUUCUCGUAAACAAUCUCUGGACCCAGUGUCCUCAGAUAUGGGGAAUGGCUGCAGAAUUUCUCUCCUCUUCCUGCAGAUGCUGACUGACCUGCCGAAGAUUUCCAACAUUGUCUAGUAGUCCAUGCUGACUGGUGGGCACCUUUCUGUAUUAAUAUCUCCCAGCACUUGCACAAAACCUUCUACGCCCAAACAUUUUGUGCUCGUCUGUGGUAGAGUCACUGCCUUACAGCGCCAGUGACCCGGGUUCGAUGCUGCUUAUCGCUGCUGUCUGUAUGGAGAUUGCACGAUCUCCCCAUGGCCUGCGUGGGUUUCCUCCCACACUCCAAAGACGUAAAGGUUUGUAGGUUAAUUGGCUUUGGUAAAAUUGUCCCUGUUGUGUGUGGGGGGUAGUGUUAGUGUGCGGGGAUCGCUGGUCGGCACAGACUCGAUUUGCAGAUUUAGGAAUAUUUGACCGGUGGUCCCAAAAUUGCAAGUGAAUUUGAUUCACAUUGGCUCACAAUGAUAACAUUGAUUUUCCUUCACAAAUCAAUUGAAGAUAUGGGGCUGGGGAUUCAUGCCCUAGUUUGCCUCAAUGUGCCAGUGUUAAUGGGACCUGCUCCAGACCUCCAGUCAAUAUCUUCAGAACAACACAGGGCAACUGGGCCACUUCAUUAUUUCCUCUUGCCACCGAAUUAGUGAGUGAAAAGACAUGUGUAUUUUACACCAUAUAGACCCAAUCACUUCUUACAGAAACAAGAAAUAACUUUUUUUUAAAUUGUGUAGGAAAGAACUGGUUUAAAUCGAAGAUAGACACAAAUUGUUGGAGUAAUUCAAUGGGACAGGCAGCAUUUCUGGAGAGAAGGAAUGGGUGACAUUUCGGAUCGAGACCCUUCUUCAGACUUUUAAAACAUUCUUCAGACUUAAAAAAAAAUAUUUGGCUGGGUGCAUAGAAACAUCAGCAGAUGUAGAAACAAGGGGAAUUAUAUAGGUGGUUAUCAAUUUAAUUGGUGACCACCUAUAAUUAUAUAGGUGGUCAUCAGUUAUCUCAAACUGCUUUGAAAAUGAGUGCAUGUUCCCCUUAACUGCAUUGCCAACAGAUCAUCCUGCUUUACUCUAUGCAUCCUUUAAUAAAAACAUUUAUUCAAGCCUGCAGUAUCCAUAACAAUAUAUAUUUCCAACACUUAGCAAGGAUUAUUAAGCAGUAGGUCAUGACUCAGAAAUGCUUUCAAAUGACAAAGAUAUAUCUCAAUGUUCACGUUGUAUGCAAAAAUGGUGCUGUAUUUGUUAAUUGUGCAAAUAUAACAAAUGUUUUCAGUGCUAUUCCUUAGUACUUUCAUAAUAAAAUGGUGUCAAGCAGU